CUGCCUCCCACUCUGCCUAUAUCUCAGGCUUCUCUCUCUCUCUCUCUCCUUUUUAUGGUGCUGUAUGGUUGCUCCCGUGUGAAAUGCUUUUUUGGCUGAAAGAAGAAGAGAUGUCGCAUCAGGAGCUCAGCCAGCGCCUGGCUACGGUCAUCACCCAUGUGGAUGAAAUCAUGCAACAGGAGAUCAGGCCCCUCGUUGCCGUGGAUAUCAUAGAACAGCUUCACCGGCAGUUUGCUAUCUUGUCAGGAGGGAGAGGGAAAGACGGCGCUCCGAUCAUCACUUUCCCCGAGUAUGCAGGUUUCAGCGAGAUCCCCGAUGAGGAUUUUCUGAACGUUGUGACGUAUUUAACUAGCAUUCCCAGUCUGGAGGCUGCCAGCAUUGGAUUCGUCAUCAUUAUAGACAGACGGCGGGACAAAUGGAGCGCGGUCAAGGCAUCUCUCACACGAAUAGCAGGAGCGUUUCCAGGGAACCUACAACUGGUCUUCGUCCUGCGGCCGUCCCGUUUCAUCCAAAGGGCAAUCGCUGACAUCGGCAUCAAACUGUAUCGCGAUGACUUUAAAAUGAAGGUACCGAUCAUCAUGCUAAAUUCUGUUUCUGAUCUACAUGGGUACAUCGACAAAAGCCAGCUGACGCGGGAGUUAGGAGGAACCUUGGAAUACGGGCACAGCCAAUGGAUACAUCAUCGAACUGCUAUCGAGAAUUUUGCCAUGACAGUGAAGACCACCGCUCAGAUGCUGCAGACCUUCGGAACAGACCUGGCGGAGACGGAACUCCCCAACGAUGUGCAGUGCACGGAGGAGCUCCUUUCUUCCCACAUGGAGCAACAUAACAAGCUGAAGGACGAGCUGAAACUUGCCGUGAAGCAGGGGGCCACGCUUCUCACCUGCAUCCGAGAACCCGUCACACGAAGUGCCACCAGCAAACUCAGUCCAGACGAGCUUGAAAAUGUGGCGACGGUGGAGAGGUUACUAGCUCAGCUGGAUGAAACAGAGAGAGCCUUUGAUCAGUUCUGGUCCAAGCAUCACCUUAAGCUAGAACAGUGCCUACAGCUCCGACACUUUGAGCAAGAUUUCAGAGAGGUUAAACUGGCACUGGAUAACUUGAUGGAAACGCAAGCCGGGUUCACGGAUAUUGGAGACAGCGUCUCCCGCGUGGAGUACCUUCUGAAGGAACGGAAGCAAUUAGAGGAGAGAGGACAGGAACCUUUGGAAAAAGCCCAAUCCCUCGCUAUUCAUGGAGACCAGCUGAUCCAAAACAACCAUUAUGCAAUCGAUUCCAUUAGACCAAAGUGUGUUGAACUCAGGCGCAUCUGUGACGACUUUGCCAACGAGACCAAGAAGCAGUGCGACAUUUUAGGGAAGUCCCUAGAACUGCACAAACAAUUAGAUAAGGCCAGUCAGUGGUGUGAAUCUGGAAUCUACCUCUUGGCUUCCCAAGCGGUCGACAAAUGCCAGACCCAAGAGGGAGCCGAAACGGCACUCUGCGACAUCGAGAGAUUCCUGGAGACAGCCAAGGACCACCAGCUCUUGAACGCCAAGGAGUUCUACAAUCAGUUCGAUACGAUUCUCACCCCAGAGAUAAAGAGCAACGCCCAAAGAGUUCUCCAAAAGCUGGAAGACGUACAGGAAAUGUUUGACAAGAGGCAAGUGAGCCUGAAGAAGCUGGCAGCCAAGCAGACGCGGCCUGUGCAACCUGUCGCCCCGCAUCCCGAAUCCUCACCCAAGCGCGCAUCGCCUAAGAGCACCCGACCGGCAACAUUAGCUACCAACAGGAGAUCGGUAGAAAUAUCAAGUCCCCCCAAAUCUGUCUCUGAUGCAGAGCUAUCAAAGAAGAAGAACGUCAAGAAGAGUAAAGGUGGAAUUAAGAUUGAAGUGAUGCACGAAGCGAGUCAAGGAGGGUCCAGCAGAAUUUUGGUGAUGAGCGAGAGCGAAGAGAACCUUUCCACCAGGAGGAGCCAUAUUAUCAAUGAACUGAUAGAAACGGAGCGAGUUUACGUUGAAGAGCUUCAGAGCAUCCUUGAGGGCUACGCAUCAGAGAUGGACAACCCUGAUUUCAUUCACCUCAUUCCGACCACUCUUUCCAACAAGAAGGAAGUUCUUUUCGGGAACCUCUCGGAAAUCUAUGAAUUUCACAACAGAAUCUUCCUCAAAGAGCUGGAAAAUUGCAUUGAAAAUCCAGAACUUCUGGGUCGGUGCUUUUUAAAAAGAAAGGAAGAUCUCCAAAUAUAUGAAAAAUACUGCCAGAACAAGCCCAGGUCAGAAGCUCUCUGGAGACAGUGUGGAGACAGCCUCUUCUUUCAGGAAUGCCAGCGGAAACUAGACCAUAAACUCUCGCUGGAUGCUUAUCUCUUAAAGCCGGUCCAGAGAAUCACCAAGUACCAGCUGCUUUUAAAGGAAAUGUUGAAGUGCAGCAAGAAUUCGGAAGGCACGGCAGAACUGGAAGAAGCACUCGCCACUGUGCUUGAUAUUAUCAAAUCAGCUAACGACUCGAUGCAUCAGAUAGCAAUUACUGGCUAUGAGGGUGAUGUCCACGAGCUCGGGAAGUUGCUUCUGCAGGGCUCUUUCAACGUUUGGACGGACCACAAAAAGGGCCACAACAAGGUGAAAGAUUUGGCCAGGUUCAAGCCGAUGCAGAGGCACCUCUUCCUCUACGCAAAAAUCCUGCUCUUCUGCAAGAAACGAGAGGAAAAUACGGACGGGCAUGAGAAGUCUCCCUCAUACAGCUUUAAAAAUUCUUUAAAGAUGAGCACCGUUGGCAUUACUGAAAACGUCAAAGGGGAUAACAAGAAAUUCGAGAUCUGGUACAAUGGCAGAGAAGAAGUCUAUAUUAUUCAGGCUGCUUCCGUGGAGCUGAAAAACACCUGGGUCUCUGAAAUUAGGAGAGUCCUGACAGGACAACUGGAAGCUUGCAGAGAGGCAAGCCAGCUGCACCAAAGAAUCACCGAGAGUGUGUAUCACGCACCGAUGAAUUCAUCCAACUCCUCCAGGUACGGCAGGAAGUCAGUAAGCUUGUGUGAAAACAGAACCGAGCUCUCGAGCCUGGAGAUGUCGAACAACCGGGACAGGAACACCAGCCCCCACACCAGACAGAAAAGAGUCGAUUCUUCCACCAGCCUUAAUCUUGAGCGCUCAGCUCUUGCUAGAAAGCGGUUUACAUUGCAAGGGCUUUCGAACCGCAGAGCUCCACCCAAAGAUCCAGAAUCUAAAGAAAGGGAUGUUACCCACCGCUUUUCCCUAGGUUCCUCCAUCAGCUCCACAACUAACACCUCCGCUCUAACCAAAGGUCCUCUUGUUCCUGCAGUUAAAGUCAAGAGGCACGAAAUAAAAAGUGAUCCAACUCCUUUGGGGUUUGAAGAUGCUUUUGAAAGAACCCUGAUGGCUCAAGCCAAAUGCAGCGUCGCUCCCUCCACAAGAUCGGUACCUAGAUCAGCUUCGCAGACAGGUUGGCCCAGCAGGCAAAUGCCUUCGCUAGACACGUUUGAGGAUUUUGAAGCCAUCCCGUCCAGCGCGGAGGAGUUGUCGAACUCUUCGGAUAUGGAGGAAGAGAGCCAGCUGAACAGCGGAUCCAAUCUUUACCGGGUGGAAGGCAGCUAUGACGCCUGUUUCCCUGAUUCCCUGACGCUGGAGGAUGGAGAUCUAGUGCAGUUCAUCCAGGAAGGUGAAGACGGGCAAUGGUUAGUGAAGAAGCUGGUUUCUGAGAAAAUGGACUGGGUCCCCUCCAGUCUGCUCCACCCCGCAGAGGGGGAUGCCAGCAACGUCCGCCGGGACAGCAAUACAGACGUCUACAGCGGUACCCGCAGCAUUACACCCACAAACUCCGAGAUGAAGGGGAGCGAGCUAGCAAGGAAGUUAACGGCAGAACAGAAAGCUGGCAGCUGAAGACACCUGGAAGCUUUUCCUCAGGACUCCACCCUCUCCUCUGCUUACCGGCAGACGCUGGAUCGACGCGCCUUCCUCUCAGGCUCUGAGCUUCAGAACUCUGUGGAAUCUCAUCGGCAUGGAAAUACCUUUCUAAAGAAAACAAAACAAAACAAAGAAGCUUGAUGAGCUAGAAAACCUGGAAGACAAUUCAAAGGCAUCAGAGCGAUCUCAGCAUUUGACAAAUACACCCGGCUUUUUUUAAAACAAAAACUCUGUUUUCUGAACAGUUUUCUGGAAAGGGUGUUGCCUAAAUUAGGCUGUUAGCAGAGGGGUAGGUCCCCAUGCCUGCAGUAGUUUUGGUUGAAUGCUGGAUUAUUUAAGGAGAGAUCUAUGAAUGUCCCCCUACCCACCCACCCUGGAUGGUGUUCCGUUGCAGAGAAACGUCUCUGUUCUUUUAUCGCUGCUGCGCAAUCUCCCCUUGAUUUCCCUUGGGUCAACCACUGCUGCAUUCGGUCAUCUCAAGACAAUCAUCAGUAGCAAGAUUAACAAAACUUAGGUCAGGUGAUGGUCCAGAAGAUGCAACUGCUGGACCUGCGGCAACCACAAAAAGCCUUUGCAGAACAGCGAAGGUUCUGCUUUUGGACGUAGCCUUCUGUCUGUAGAGAGUUUGGGGGUGCUAACUGGGAAUACAGAGGCAUCUUGUGGGUAAAAGAUGGGAUUAGUUGGGCAAGGGCAAAGGGCAGCCCACUGAAGUCAGUUCUGGGAUAUGUUUCUGGCAUCCAGAGGCUGCCUCUGUUUCCCCCAGUGUGCAAUCCCAUCCUGUUGCUCGCGGUGCUGCAAUUCUGUUUGAUGCUGCUGUUCAGCGUUCUUGCACUUGAGUAGAGCGCUGCUGAACAUUGUUGUCUUCUGGGUUCUGGAGCAGGAGCCUAUGCCCUACCCAAAUCUAUAAAUGCACCCCCUCCCCCAGUAUUACAUCCCCCAAAUGUUUCAGCACUUCUGGAUAGACCCCCUUCCCACCUUGUUGCAAUGAUUGUACGGUCGUGUUGAAGCUUUGUUGCCAUGGUAUUUAAAGAAAGACUGUGCCAACUCACUGCCGCAACAGA